AUGAAUCCCGCCUUGCCCGAACCCGCCGUGGCACCAUCCCCGGCGCCCGCUUCGACCCCCCUGCCCAUGGCGAACCCUGCGGCUGACCAGAUGAUCUCGCUGCCAGAUGGAGAACUCGGCUUCGUGACGGCCUCGGAUGAGCAUGACAAUGUCCGUUUCCUGCCCUUGCAAGCAGGUGGCCUGCACGCAUCGGCAACCGGUGCGGCAACGGCGACGUGGGCCGUCGACCUCGAACCUCCUCGCCAUCUCGGCGGUGCAUGCGUGACCAUGGCUUCCGGCAACGCCGCCAUUCGCCGUCGUGACGAAGCUCGCGUCGCCCGAGACAUGACCUCGACCGGGCGACAGGUGCCGGCCUUCGCAGACAGCUCCAGGUUGCCAUGGGAGCUCGUCUUUCCCGAGCGGCGUGCCGUCGGAGCUACCGAGCAGAGUGACUUGCACGGCGGCCUUGCCUCGCUCGACCGCCCGCUGCUCCGUGGCGACGGACGUCAUGGACGUGGACGGCAAUGCUGUGAUGGCGAGUCCAGUUGGCGGCGAAAGGCCGUGGUUAUGAAGCCUUCGAGGCAAAGAUUUCAUUGUCGCCAUCGGCUCAUCGACGUGGAUCGACCUCGUUCUCGCUCGAAGCCGCCGUCGAUGACACCGUUCCUCUCUCGCAUCGCAAAUUGCUUCCGUUCAGAGCGUCAAGGGGAGCCGGCCAUCUGGGCUGUUACCCCGGCCAAGCGUCGACACGCAUCGGACAGUGCAUGGCUCAUGAGCAGCAAGAUGCGUCCAUGGGGGGGCCGAAGCGACGCGGGACCCGACACCCUGGCCAGCUCUCGCCGAGGUGCCAUGGCGCAAAGCCACGGCAACGACGUAGCGUCCGUCGACUUUCCCUUGGCCUGCCCGUCGGCCGCCGCCGAGCCAAUGGCUUUCCCUGUUGAGCGCCGAGAUCGAGGGGACGAAAUGGCACCUCGUCGGCUUCGGGUGCGAUGCCGGGAGGGCCAAAACCUGCUCGAUGCCAAGAGCCGUUGCCCUAGCAUGAAACGGGGCCCUCGUUUCCUGCUUCGGCAUUCUACCGCUAGGUCAACGUCGAGCCUCUUCGUCACAUGCAAAGGCAAAGACACCAUCCCGCCCUGGGCACGGAGAGCCAAAGGGAACGAGCUCGGAGACGUCGCGCAGAUCGGCCUGCUGCCGUGCCGCCGACGGAUGGACGAACCGGCCAUCGGCCGGCUCACAAAGCGCUGCGUUCUGGCCGACGCGCUCACCGUCAUGGCCCCGAAUGUCAACGGCCUCCUCGUCCCUCGCCGUGGUCUGCUCUCCCGUCGCUCCGCUCCAUCGCAUCGUCGCCGCCUCUUCGUCGUCGGCCGCAACGGACGAGCACGCUCCGCAAGCAUGACGAGCGCGCCCGGACAAGGCCUCGCGCCUGCUGUCGUUGCCAUCAACGUCGCCUUUGCCGUCCUCGCCGUCGUCGUCGUCUUCCUGCGAACCGUCACCCGCGCCCAUUUCGCCGCCGGCCUGGCCGCGGAUGACUGGCUCAUGGUGCUGGCCACGGUCUUCUUCGUCAUAUACUGCGUCGCCUCCAACCUGGCCACCUACUACGGAACGGCCUUGCCGAUGGCGGCCGACGUCGACGCCGACGCCGUCGACAAGUCCAUGUUGUAUUCCUGGUUCUGCUGCCUCCUCUACGUCCUUUCCAUGCUCCUCACGAAGCUGUCGCUCGCCUGCUUCCUUCUGCGGCUGGCACCCAACGGAGCCCACGCUCUGCUCAUCCACGGCGCCUCCCUGCUCACCGUGCUCACCAACGCCGUCUACUUCUUCGUCUCCGACUUCAAGUGCCGACCCGUGUCCUACUACUGGAAGCGGGACCAGGCCGGAAGCUGUCUGGGACGGGCCGCCAUCAUGGGCAUGACGUACUUUUACAGCGCCACGAGCGUCGCCGUCGACGUCGUCUUUGCCGUCCUGCCGGCCUUGAUCGUGGGGAAUCUGAAUCUCGACGGGCGAGCCAAGGUCGGCAUCAUGGUGCUGAUAGCCAUCACAUGCUUGGCCAAUUCCGCCGUCCUCGUACGGUUCGCGUAUCUGUCGGCGCUCACGGAUGCCGACCUGUUGUGUGAGCGCUUCGCCUCUGCGUUGCGUGUGAGCGUGGCCAUGAAGACUACCGCUAAUGGAGCCCGUGCAGGGUCGGCAAACGACAUUGGCGUCUGCACCUCGAUCGAGAUGAGCUUGGCCAUCGGCGCCGCGAGCCUGGCGACCCUGGGGCCGCUCUGCAGCGCCGUCGGCCGCCAGCUGGGCCUCGGCUCCCGACCGGCUCAUGCGGGCGGCGCUGCCAAAGACAGCCGGCUCUCGCAGUCGACGAUGAGCCGGAGCCGACAGGGAAGCGUCAAGAUGUGCGAUGACGACGUGUACGUCGUAUCCGACGACGAGGAGUGCGCGUCGGCCAUUCGCGACAAGGGCGUCUUCGGAACCGAGCGAGUCGCGCACGCAGCAUCCGACAAGGGGGACAUUUAUUCCUCGGAAACCAGAGUCGUGGAAUUGGACGCCGAGAGAGAGGAGCAGUCACCCACGGCCGAGGGCGUAGCCAAAGGUGUCGAGGUCCUUGUGCGGCCCUCCUUCUCGCCAUCGGUGCCGGGAGCCAUGGGGCAAGAGGGCCGUGGGACCGGCGGCGACGGCACAACCACCGACGACCGAUGCAUGGACGAUGUCGGCCCUCGUACGUGCAUGGGUGCGCAGUCGCCUGCCGCAGUUGCUGGAGGUGCGACGAUGGAAGCGCGAGGCCGGUCCGCAUGUCCGUUCGAAGCAUGA